UGUCCGCCAUUAUAAAAGGGCUCUGCAACUCCACUCUCUGAAUUCACGGACCAAUUUUCAGUUCUUGAGCUUCAAGACUUCAACAAUGGCGCCUGUGGACCCACACUCUUACACAGAUUCUACCCAUCCAUUCACUGAUCACAUUUCCCUCUCUCUCUUCUUCGAUUUUUCUUCCACGAUCAUUCAUGGUUCUGCCCUAAUUUCUCUCGCGAGUUCGUACUCUGGUUCUUUGUCUCUCGAUACUCGUUCUCUCACCAUCCAUUCGAUUGUUGAUCCUCAAUCCCGUGCUCCGAUACCGUUUUCACUCGCUCCUCCCGACAAAAUCAAAGGCUCUCUUCUCUCCGUUUCGCUCUCCGGCCAGUCCUCUUUCCUCGUGAUUUUCAGCACUGCUCCUACGGCCUCGGCUCUGCAAUGGCUGACUCCUGCCCAGACUUACAACAAGACGCAUCCGUUUGUGUACACGCAGUGCCAGGCUAUUCACGCUCGUUCGAUUUUUCCCUGCCAGGACACUCCGGCGGCGCGGGUGCGUUAUUCUGCGCGUCUGAAUAUCCCUGGGGAGCUCUCGGCGGUGAUGGCCGCGCGAAGUGUGGAGCGCCGCUCACCAGUUGCUGGCGAGGGUUCGAUGUUGGCCGGAGGGGCUGCUUCGCUGUGGAGCGGCAAAGGGAGAGUGGUGGAAGAGUUCGUGAUGGAGCAGACGAUCCCGCCGUACUUGUUCGCGUUUGCCGUGGGAGAGAUCGAUUUCAGGGAAGUGGGGCCGCGGACUAGGGUUUAUGGGGAAGCGGCGCCCUCGCAGCUCGACGCUGCAGCGAUUGAAUUUUCAGGGACAGAGGAGAUGGUGGAGCAUGCCGAGAAGUUAUAUGGACCGUACGUUUGGGACCGAUUUGAUCUUCUGGUGCUACCUCCGAGCUUUCCUUACGGUGGGAUGGAAAAUCCGAAGAUGGUGUUCUUGACGCCGACGGUGAUAAAGGGGGAUGCUACGGGUGCGCAUGUGGUUGCUCAUGAGCUUGCUCAUAGCUGGACUGGGAACCUCAUCACUAACAAAAACAACGAACAUUUUUGGUUGAACGAGGGUUUUACGACGUAUGCUGAAAGGAGAAUUGUUGAGGUUGUGCAAGGGGAGGAUGCAGCUACUCUCAAUACAGGAAUAGGUUGGAAGGGUUUGCAAGAGGAUGUUGAAAGAUUUAAGGAUAAUUUGGAAUUCACAAAGCUAAAAAACAACCAAGAAGGCGUGGAUCCAGAUGAUGUGUAUUCUCAAAUACCCUACGAGAAGGGUUUUCAGUUCCUUUGGCGUAUUGAACGCCAGGUGGGAAGGCCUAAGUUUGAUGAGUUUCUUAAGAAAUAUAUUGAAACCUUUAAGUUCCAGUCAAUUGAUACCCAAACCGUUCUUGAUUUCAUGAAAGCAACCAUUCCUGGAAUUGAGAAAGAGGUAGAUUUGGUAAUGUGGACUGAGGGCACUGGUAUCCCUCCAGAUGCUUAUGAACCAGUUUCUAGUUUGUACACGUCGAUCCUAGCGCUCGCCAAUGAAUUUAAGCUCGGUAAAAUGCCGACCGACGAAGAAACUGCUGAUUGGGGAGGGCAAGAAUGGGAGCUGUACUUGCAGAAUCUGCCAAAAUCUGUUGAAGCCUCACAGGUCCAGGCGUUAGAUGGCCGUUAUAAAUUCUCAGAAUCAAAGAAUUAUGAUGUCAAAGCUGCAUUUCUUCAAAUUGCAAUUGUGUCGAAGUAUCGAGAUAGCUAUGUUGAGGUCGAGAACACUUUAACGGCAGUUGGUAGAAUUAAGUACCUCCGUCCUCUGUACACUGCUCUUACACAAGGCCCCGGGAGGGAAGAAGAGAAGAUUUUGGCGAAGAAGAUAUAUGCCGAAGCCCGUGAGAGUUAUCACCCGAUUGCUCGAGGGGUCGUUGAAUCCAUCUUUGCCCAGAACAUGUAAGGAUUCUGAAUCACCAUACCCCUGAAUUCUUCUUCUUCUAAACUUCUUUCCUACCUUUAACUUGUCUCCUACUAUUAAUGCUUGUGGUCUAUGCCCCUCGGCCAAAAUAUUGUACCAUGAGCAAAUAUCAAUAAUAAUAAGAAACAGGGGACGUCUUUUGUAUCA